AUGGCCGACGAUGAUGAUCCAGUCAUUGCCUCCUACGAUGUCUGCUUGACCAGCAGCUUCUCAUCUCCUGCCAGAGAUUCCGCCAAGUUGUAUCUCCUCCAGUAUCCUUCCCACCGUCCUUACCACCUCCCUUACAAUGCUGCAACAGCGCAAACUCCAACCGCCCUUCGUCUCAAACUAGAAGCUGGCUUUAUAGAAGUCGAAGUUCCGAUGUACACGCACGAGCAUUACAACGAAGUGGCCGGCGAGAGAUUUGGGAAAGCAGUGGCUGAGAGCCGCACCAUCAAUGCCGGAGGUUCAUUUGGUCUAGCUGGUGGCUUUGGGGCGGGCACAGCACAAACCAGAUUGAAGGAUAUUCCUGCGCAUGAUCAACCUAUAUCGCCUGCGCCGCUGCUUGAGACUCAAACCCUGGGUGGCAAGAUACCAAACCAGGGCACCCGCGAUCCGAUCUACCUGGUAGGGUGCUUCCACCAAAACCAGAUCCACCUCUCCUACCUGGAUGCUGUCGUGCAAAUGCGGCCUCAGCUUCAUCACAUUGAUGCUGAAGAUGAAACCAACCAAAAACGACUCGCAGGUAGCAAUAAUACCGGUUCGUCCCGCCAAAAGCCUGGCCUGGAGCAGCCGACACCAAAAGUAGAGUCGAAAGCCAUCGAGAUCAAAAUCAGAGAUACCAAGGACGAUUCCAAGGACCGUACCAUGAAUGACAACGCGAGACAACUGCGAGACAUCCAAAUGGAUGAGUGGCAGAGUUAUGAGUGGGUGGAUGCGGACGAGCCCAAUGCAAGGAGGAUAUUCGACUUGCGAAUGCGCCUUGUCUCGGAUCCAUUGCACGCUCUUCCCAAGCUCCAGAGCUGUAUCAGUAAUGGUGACUGGUUGGACAAAAUGAGUGCGCCCCGAGAAGAUGGCAAGAAAGGCUUGUUGGCCAAGUUACGCGGACGAGAACGAGAGCGAGCUCGACGGAAGAAGGCCGAGGAGGAGAAGCGACAACGUCAGAAGGAGGCGAGUGGGGCAGCAUCGAGCAGCCAUGGCCCCCUGCUUGGAAUGAGCGAGGACAGCGACUUGAGUAGUCCAGAUGUUACAGACGAUGACGUUCAAGAAGAAGAAGCGGCGGACAAUAUUCAGAUCAAACAAGAGCCGGCUGCUCCUUUCCCACCCUCUAGAAGGAACCUUAUGUCGGCAGGCACAAAGUCUGGCCCAAGCAAUCCUCCGAAGAAGAGAGGACGACCGAGGAAGAAUCCACCUGCUGACUCGAUACCCCUUGGGGACUAA